AUGGAAUCGGACGAUACCAAACAAAAUCCAAUUCAGCCUCCGCCGCCGCCGAUCCAGGAGCCUCCUUCGUUAUCGGAGAGUUUAUUGAUCCCCACCAUUCUCGCAGGAGUAAGUGGAGGAGGAGCUGGAUUACUGUCAAAACAUAGGAAAGCUCAUCCGAAUAUACCGUUUACUUACGCUACUAAUUUCGCCAUUGUUGCUGCUUGCUAUUGCGGAGUUCGUGAAUUGGUGAGAGUCACUAGAAAAUCAGAACACAACGACUUGAUGAAUUCAGCUAUUGGUGGUCUUUUCAGUGGUGCUUUAUUAGGACGACUUCAAGGGGGACAUCGUGGUGCGUUUCGAUACUCUAUAGCAUUUGCUGCUUUGGGGACAGCGUAUGAUUACGGUAGCCUUAGAGCGAAGCCUAUGUUAGAGAAAGUGCGUAACAUGGACUCAAUCACGUUACCUGUGUGGUUUCCGAUACAGAUCCUAGACGAAGAAGCCCUUGCAAAGAAGAAAGCUCAGGAACAGAAACUCUUCCCAAGAUUGAACAAAGAAGAAUCUUGA